AUGGACCAGCCACCCCCAUCCGUGACGAUCAAUUCGUCACCGUCACUUCUCUAUUGUGCGCCCCAAGCCUCUGCGUCCGUGCAAGAUACCAAUGGCACCAAAAAUUCCGGUGUAGCUAUGCGGCGAGGCAUAAAGUCGGAAAUUAAGCCAUUGAGCCUCUUGGACUCGUCAACGUCACCACCACGCUCAACGCAACGUUUGUCUCGUGAUAUCACGCCUCUACAUAUUGCACAUGGCUGGAAAUCUGCUGAGUGGGAUCAAUGGGCUUCAAAUAUGUACAAUGCCCUUCAAACAGAUACAUCGGAGGCUGUGCUCCUUGGUAUGGAAAAUUUUGGCAAUUCAUGCUACGCGAAUUCUGUGCUUCAGGCGCUCUAUUACUGCAAACCAUUCCGUGAUGCUGUCAUGUCAGUCGACAAGUCACCACAUCCAUCACCUUUACCAUCGUUGCAGGAUGGAUUGGCGUCAGAAAAGACAUUAGCAUCAACACCUGUCUCUAUGAACAUGAAAGACGCGCUCGCUGCACUAUUUCAUUCCAUUGCACUUGCAUCCGUCCGAUUGUCUGCCGAUGCGAGUAACGGCAGGAUACACAGCAGCUCGAUGCUUGAAGCACCGGCUAUUUUGAGUCAGAACGUUGACGCAGGUGCCCUGAAAAUGUUCUUGUCGACUUUACACCAAAACUGCAAUUUGUUUGACAGCAGUAUGCACCACGAUGCACAUGAAUUUCUCAACUUUAUUCUAAAUCAAGUGGGCCAAAACUUGAUGGACAAGCGUAAGAGGCGUUCACAGCGCGCAAGAGAGCAAUCCUUCACGCCAUUAACUCCAUCGUUUAGCAGUCCUACUGUAAAAGAUCAUCCAACGUACAUUCAUAAACUAUUCCAGGGUGUACUCACUAACGAAACACGUUGUCUGUCAUGUGAAACAAUUACGAACCGAGAUGAAGAAUUUCUGGAUCUUUCGAUUAACGUGGAAGCCAACACGUCUGUAUCAUCGAGCUUGCGGCAGUUUUCAGAGAGUGAGAUGCUGUCAGGGCGAAACAAGUUUUACUGCGACACAUGCUCGAGUUUGCAAGAGGCAGAAAAACGAAUGAAGAUCAAGCAGCCUCCAAAUAUCCUUGCUUUGCACUUGAAGCGAUUCAAAUGGGACGAUAUGAGACAGGCAUAUGUGAAGCAUGCCUGCCGAGUUGUGUUUCCAUUGAACAUGCGGUUGUUCAAUACCACCCACCAGGCGACUCAGCCAGACCAACUCUACGACUUAUUUGGCAUCGUCGUUCACAUUGGCUCUGGUGCGCACCAGGGCCAUUAUGUGUCAAUAAUCAAAAUUGGGGCUCGCUGGGCAAUUUUUGAUGACGAAGAUGUCACCUUCAUUCCUGAAAGUGAUAUUCCCAAGUACUUUGGCGAUGCGCCUGAGGUCGGCAGUGCCUAUGUACUAUUUUACCAGGCUAUUGACGAGCCCGAUUUGUUCGAUGCUCGGGUAAAUGACUCCUCUUUGGAAUUGGCGCAGUCCACACCCACCGGCCUCUCCAACAAACGAGCUUCUGUUUCUCAGCCCUUAUCUUCCCACCAUGCAGCUCCUCCAAUCGUCCCAAGAAAUCAUUCACAUACUUCUUUCACUGCUCCUGUUUCAGGACCAGUACCAACGCCUGUGCUAUCGCAGUCUUUUGUACCUCCGCCCACGUCGGUACCUGCUAUUACAACGGAGUCGGCAUCUUCCACAGCGGUGCCUAAUCAGGGUCCUUCGUCGACAAUAUUGUAUGAUCCUACUGCUCCAAUUGGUGAUCUGCUUGGCCCAUCAGAGUCUUCGCCAAAGCCUAUUCAUGUUCCAGGUCAUUCCUCAUUUGCACAUGCGGAUCAUUCAUCACGAGUGUCGUCUGGAAUUUGGCUACCGACAGCGUCAUCCGAUUCAGCUGCACCUGCCGCACUUAUGGCAUCAAAGCCUGGCGCCCGUCGAACCUAG